AAGCAAACAUGAUGCUGCUGCCAACUGGGCCUGUGGCUGUCCCAAUGUUCUCCAGCACCAGGGUUUUAUCAUCUGUUCCAAGAGCGUCCUAGGCAACAAGGUUUCCUUCAGCCAGGAAGAUGCAGCGAGCAAAGCUACAUCAGACUUCGCUUCGACAGCUCCACCUGCCGUGUUCUACCGACACCUCUUCUGCCUCACCCACCCUUCAGGAAGAGAUGAAGGAGACAGAUGGGAGCCUCCUGGGUGACCCCAGCCAGACUCCACUGGGCAAGAAGGAGAGCACCAAAUGGCAGAAACCCCGGCUUACCCGCAAGGCUCUGAUGAAGUGCUGUCUGGUGAGGUGGAUCCUGUCCAGCGCUGCCCCUCAGGGGUCAGAUAGUAGUGACAGUGAACUGGAGCUCUCUGCUGUCCGCCACCAGCCAGAGGGGUUGGACCAACUCCAGGCUCAGACCAAGUUUACCAAGAAGGAGCUGCAGUCUUUGUACAGAGGAUUCAAGAAUGAAUGUCCCACUGGUCUGGUAGAUGAAGAGACCUUCAAGCUCAUCUAUUCCCAGUUCUUCCCUCAGGGAGAUGCCACCACAUAUGCACAUUUCCUCUUCAAUGCCUUUGAUGCAGAUGGGAAUGGGGCCAUUCACUUUGAGAUCUCCAAAGGGCAGCCCAUCCCCUCUUUCCAGGAACUCUGCACCCUUCAGUCAUCACAGGCGCAUAGUUCUAGCCCUGAAAGGGAUCAUCAUGUGGAAGAUCUUGGCCAACCUCUUCAUAUUAUAGCAGGGGAAACUAAGCCCCAAGGAAAUGGUUCCUGGAAAGAGAAGAUCCUCAUUGGGAAGAAAUCUUUCCUUUUGUCUAACUUAAGUCCCUGGAACUGGAAGCCAACCCUCUCCACUCCUCCAUCUCCCUCCCUAUCCCGGAGGGCAGGAAGAGGAAUCUGGCUCUCUGUUGCUAUUCCCGUUCGGUUGGGGCUUUUGUCCGAGUUGCCAAGUCACUCCCCAACCCUCACGAGCCCCCAAAGCCUUGCGCGAGCCCCGGAGACGUGGAGCUGAGCCUAGGAAAGGGCUCCCAGCACAGGCUGUCCGUGUGGCUCCCACUCCUGGUGAUCCAGAAGCUUUUGAUAACGAAUGGAAUGCAGUCCUUAGAAAUGCUGUUUUAAACCAUGGUGAUAAAUUUUUGAAACUCAACAGCUCGUUCUAACUUGUUUUCAUUGGCGUUCCUUUCCCAGAAGAGGUGUUGAGAAAUAACAGCACAGAAGGAAUUCUUUCUUUUUCUUCUUUAUGUUUUUAUGGAUAGAUUUCAUUUUUACAACCCUGUCAUUUUGAGAUACUCCCUUUUCUACUGGCCCCUUGAGAAAAGAAAACAGUACAGCAGAAACAAUCAUCACCAUCAUAUUGAAGAAAGCUUUCAAAAUUCCACAUCCCUAGUCUUCCACCUUUCAGGCACUAAAAGAUUGUAUAUUGAGAGCUAGAAGGGACAUCAGAGAUCAUCUUGCCCUAACCUGGGGCUUUGCUGAAGCCAGCUGGAACCUGCUCCCUGGAGCAGAUUGUUAAAUUUUCAGUGUAAGCAUUUACACCCUCAAAAUCUGAAAAUGCUACAAAUCAAGGCCUGAGUUAUUGUUUUUAUUAAUUAUCUAAGCUUAAGAAAGUGAUAGAGAAACUACUAAUAACGAAGAAUAAACUUUAAAGUGUGUUGUGCAUACAUUUUCUUUUUUGGAGAGCUUGUUGUUAAACAUUUACUAGUACAACCCUGACACUAAUUCUUUCAUUUUUUUUAAACCCUUGACUUCUAUCUUGGAAUCUAUGCUAAGUAUUGGUUCCAAGCCAGAAAAACAGUAAGGACUAGGCAAUGGGGGUUGUGACUUUCCUAGGAUCACAUAGCUAGUCAGUGUCUGAGGUCAAAUUUGAAUCCAGAACCUCCUGUCUCCCAGCCUGGCUCUUUAUCCACUGAGCCACCUAGUUAACUCCCAACCCCUUUCAUUUAGAGAAAAUAAACCUGAACAGAGCAAGUAUCUUGCCUAGGAUCCACGGUUAGUUAAUAGACACUGACUCCAAUGUUUUAACUUCAGACACUCUUUUUACUGGGCUAAGACUGUUGUUGUUUUUUAUAAUAAUUACAGCUCUUUGCUUCAUUUUAUUAUUCUUUUCAUUCAUACUACUGGAGUCAUGCAUGUUUUGUUGCUUCUAUGUAUGUCAGUUCAUAAAAAUCUUCCUAGAUUUCUCUGAAUUCCUCCCAUGUUUUAUUUCUUAUGGUGCAGUAACAUUCAUUAUAAUUGCAUACCAGGUUGUUCAGCCAUUCUUCAUUGGAUAGGCAUCUGCUUUAUUCCUUCUUUUUUGCUACUUAUUGUAAAAGAGGUUCAAUAUCAUUUUUUAAAAAGUUUCAUUGAUGGAAGGGAACAAGCCUCUUUAAAAAAAAUCUCAGUGAUUUUCUGAAAAGAGUCCAUGCAGCAUAGAGGAUAAAGAGAGACUUUCUGCCCCCCCCCCUCCACCAGCCAAAGUCAGAAAGACCUAGAUUUAGAAUUGACCUCUGACAAUACUGCCUAGGAGACCCUGGGCAAGUCACUAACCUCUCAGUGCCCUAGGCAAAUCUGAAGAUAUAAGUUGUAGAGAAGGGAUUAACUUAAAUAACUAGAAAGUCUCUUCCAGGUGGAGGUGGGCUGGUGCCCAAAACCCACCAUACAGCUUUGCUUCUAGCCCUGACUUUGUCAUUUCCUACAGCAAGUAUAGAUAAUUUUUUUUUUCCAGGAGUGUGGCUGAGAAUGGGAGAUGAUAGCCUGAGGGGAUGGCAGGGCCUACAGAAGGUUUUUGAGGACAGGAGAAAUGAGCAUGUGGAAAGGCCAUCCAGGGGUAUGGUAGUAGGCUGUUCCCUGGACACAGGGCUAUGGAGAAGCUCUAGGCUGCUUUUUUCAUGAUCGAAGGAAAGAAAGAAAGAAUAAAACAUUUAUUAUGCACCUACUAUGUGCUGGGCACUGUGCUAAGUGCUUUAUAAAUAUCUCAUUUGAGAUUCACAAAAACUCUGGGAGGUAAGUGCUCUUAUUAUCCCUAUUUUAUGGUUGAGGAAACUUACCAAACAGAGGUUAAAUGUCUUAACUGGAAGGCAGCUGGGUGGCUUAGUGGAUUGAGAGCCAGGACUAGAGAUGGGAGGUCCUGGGUUCAAAUCUGGUCUCAGAUACUUCCUAGCUGGGUGACCUUGGACAAAUCACUAAUUAUUUAGCCCUUGUUGCUCUUCUGCCUUAAAACUGAUACUUAAUAUUCUAAGACAAAAGGUUAAGGAUUUAAAGGAAAAAUAAAUGCCUUGGAGAAAAUGAUUUUCAAAAGCAGGAUGGAGUUUCAUCUUUUUGGAUUUCUCUUUCUCUAAGGAGAGAUACUUAUGAUUAUUUAAUUAAUUCGUUUAAUAAUUCUGACAUAAUUAAUUAUUCAAUUAAUAAUUCUGACAGAUCUUGCAUCAAGAAUUCAUAGUACGGAGUUUUCCUUCCGUAUGCAUUACCUGGCUUUUCUUUGUUCCUGACCCUUACCACUCUUCCUGGAACCAAUACACAGUAUUGAUUCUAAGAUGAAAGGCAAGAGUUUUAUUUAUUUUUUUGAAAAUUUUAUUUAGUCAAUUUAGAAUAUUUUUCCUUGGCUACAAGAAUCAUGUUCUUUCCCUCCUCUCCUCUCCCCACCCCUUCCCGUAGCCAAUGCGUAAUUCCACUGGAUUUUGUGUGUCAUUGAUCAAGACCUAUUUCCAUAUUAUUGAUGUUUGCACUAGGGUGAUUGUUUAGAGUCUACAUCCCCAAUCAUGUCCCCAUCAAUUCACAUGAUCAAGCAGUUGGUUUUCUUCUGUGUUUCUACUCCCACAGUUUUUCCUCUGAAUGUGGAUAGUGUUCUUUCUCAUAGAUCCCUCUGGGUUUUUCAGGAUCACUGCAUUGCCAUUAAUGGAGAAGUCCAUUACGUUCGAUUGUACCUCAGUGAAUCAGUCUCUGUGUACAAUGUUCUCCUGGUUCUGCUCCUCUGGCUCUGCAUCACUUCCUGGAGGUUGUUCCAGUCUCCAUGGAAUUUCUCCACUUUAUUAUUCCUUUUUGCACAAUAGUAUUCCAUCACCAACAUAUACCACAGUUUGUUCAGCCAUUCCCCAAUUGAGGGGCAUCCCUUCAUUUUCCAAUUUUUGGCCACCACAAAGAGCGCAGCUAUGAAUAUUCUUGUACAAGUCUUUUUCCUUAUUAUCUCUUUGGGGUGCAAACCCAGCAGUGCUAUGGCUGGAUUAAAGGGCAGACAGUCUUUUAUCACCCUUUGGGCAUAGUUCCAAAUUGUCCUCCAGAAUGGUUGGAUUAAUUCAAGGUUUUUUUUUUUUUAAGUCUUACCUAGGGUUGGGAGGACCUGGGUUCAAAGGUGACUUUAGAUAUUUCCCAGCUGCUUGACCCUAGACAAGUCACUGAACCCUGAUUGCCCAGCCUUUGCUUCUCUUCCAUCUUAGAACUGAUACUAAAGUCAGAAAGUAAGAGUUUAAAAAGAGUUAAAGUUAAAAUUUUUUUUAAAAAGUAAGAGGUUUUUUUUAAAGUCUUAUUUAGAGUUCCAUAGCUCAUAAAUGUCUGAGAAGGAAUUUGAACUCAGAUCUUCUCAACUCUAGACCCAGAGCUCUAUCCUUUAUGCCACUUUAAUGCAUUACUCUCCUUCCAUCCUCUCUCCCAUAACUUCAUUUUUUAAACCCUUACCUCUCAUCUUAGAAUCAAUACCGUGUAUUGGUUCCAAGACAGAAGAAUGGUAAGGGCUGGGCAAUGGGGGCUAAGUGACUUGCCCAGGAUCACACAGCUAGGAAAUGUCUGAGGCUAGAUUUGAACCCAGGACCUCCCAUCUCUGGGUCUGACUCUCAAUCCACUGAGCCACCAAACUGCCCCAUAAUUUCACUUUAAUAAAAAUGUGGAAAAGGCUAGUUCUUACACAGAAGAAAUGAAUUCUUCAUGGUGAAAUUUUAGUACUAAUGGCUAUUUGGGGUGGGUUUGAACCCUUCAGAUCACAUCAGUGUCCAAGGAAGACUUCCCUAGAUACAGGAUAACCCCCAAGCCCUGAUUCUGAAGGGUCUUCUCCCUUGGGGAUCUGAAGAAGGGAGCCCAGGUUCCUAAUCCUGCCAGGAAAUGGAAGGCAGCCCUGGGAGGGAGGGCUGAAUAGCUCUGCUUGGGUCUCCCACCUCUGGCCAGUCAGGGAGGGCUGUUUCAAAAAGGCCCCUGAUUUGGUGGAUUCCGAGCCUCUAAAAAUAACUGCAUGCAGCCCAAAGCUCAAACCUCAUCACAGAGAGGAAAACCUCAGCCAGAGUCUCCGAUCGAUCCUGCCUCAGACUCAGCCUUCCCAGGGUCAAGGGCAGCUAACGGGAAAGAGAGACAACUCCAGGAUUGGUGGAGGCGUUCAUCACAACAUCAAUAAGGCUUUCAAAACAUUUUCUUUUAAAUACGACUAGCCAACUCUAGGCGUUCUGGAGGGAUCAUGACAGUCCCGUGGAGGACAGAGAGGAGCCCUGGACUGAGCUGGGAGCCGGGAGCUCCAUCGUGGGGUCACUUGCUCUCUCUGAACUUCAAUUUUGAAAUGAUCCACAAACGGAGACACACACGAGAGUGUGUACAUGUGUCUGUGUAGAGGAAGCAGGAAUGACACUGAUUCCCAGGGGAGGGAAUCCCCCCUUACUAAUGAUGUAGGUCGCCACCUUCUCUGCAACUUGCCGGCUUCGACAGUUACCUGGAAUGUGUCAUGGGCAGCAAGGUGGCACAGGGGACAGAGGACCAGGUCUGGAGUCAGGAAGAUCUGAGUUCAAAACUGGCUUCAGACACUUAGUAACUGUGUGAUCCUGGGCAAGUUGCUUUCCCCUGUUUGCCUCAGUUUCCUUUUUUGGUAAAAUGAGUUGAGAAGGAAAUGGUAAACCACAACCAACUUUGCCAAGACAACCUCAAAUGGGAUCAUGAAGCGUCAGACAAGACUGAACAAUAAAACAGAAUGUGUCCAACUCACAGGUUGAUAUGCAGAGGAAAGGAUUCGUUUCUAUUUGAGUUUCUAAUCACUGACCUAGAUCAUUGAGAGGUUUAGUGAUUUAUCCAGGGUCAUACAGCCAGUAUAUGCCAGAUGGAGAACUUGAACCCAGGUCUUUGUGGCUUUGAGACUGGUUCUCUUCAUGACAACACACUGCCUCUCAAGAGGCAGUGCCAUAUAGUGGAUAGAUAUAUCAGAGAGACAACUUGGAAGAUCUAGAUUAAAAUUCUGUCUUUGACCUGUAAUGGCUUUGUGAUCCUGGACAAAUUACUUAAUCUGUAAACCAUAAAUAAACAAAUUGCAGAGAAAUGAUAACUUGUAUUGAUAUAGGGAAUUUCCUCAUUGAGAUUUAAAUCUAUUUUUUAAAUCUUCUAUCUUAGUAUCGGUUCUAAGAUUGAAGGGCCACAAGGGUUGGGCAAUAAGGACUAAGUGACUAGGUCACACAGCUAGGAAGUAUCUGGGGCCAAAUUUGAACCCACAUCCUCCUGACUCUAGGCCUGGUGCUCUAACUACUGUGCUACCUCAAUGCCUCUGAUUUUAUCCUGUUGUUAUCACAAGACUCUCCCUCUCUCUCUCUCUCCAUUUCCUUUUCCUUCUCUUCUCCUCUUUCCCUUCUUUCUAUAGUAUACAUAUCUAUCUUCUAACUUCCUGAAGCAACCUAUUUAAUUUCAUUUAUGUUAUUUAAUCUGCAAUUUCUUUUGUGUUAGGUUAUGGCACUUUUAAGGAGUCAGGCUGUAAAAAUGAUGGACUUUGUCACUGGGAAGGUAUUCUGAGUAAAUGAGUUAGAAAAAGCUGGAGGCAGGUAUGUUUAUAUUCCUUCAGUGCAACAGAAAGGGUCCAGUUGAGAUUAGAUAAAUUAAAUUCAUAGUGAACCUAGUUGUCCAAUUGAGUGAUUUUUUUUAUGCAAUUAAAAAUACUUUUAGCAGCAGGUGAAUGAAUAGGAAUGGAGGAGACCGCCAAUAAGAGUGACCCAGGAUUGGGAUUUGGCAAAAUAGGGCUGGCAAUAGGAUAAAGUGGUAAAGAAUUCAAGGAGAACUGAUUGUAUAAGUGUCCAGACGAAAGAGAGAGGAAGGCCAAGGGAAGGGUGAUGGAAUGGGAGAAGAGAGCCGGGCGAAAGGAUUGGGACUCAAGAUUGGGUGAGGAAUAACUUCAGGAGGGAGGAGUGAGACAGAAAGAGAUGGUAGGAUAAAAAAUUGUAGCAAAACAGAAGAAUUUCAGCAUUCUGGAUCAUGGAGGUUGGUCAUGGACAGGAGAGAGAUUCCUGUGUGACUAAGAUGAAGAGAAGAUGCUGGUCCUGGCAGCUGAAGAAGCUGAUGGAGUUGGCGACCUGGACAUGUUGCACUCUCCAAGUACGAGAACAAAGGUCGGCGUGGACAGGGAAGAUGUAUGUGGGGUCCUGAGCUUCUGGAAGAAGGAAUGACCCUGUGUAAAUGACUGAUCUGGUCUAGGCGAUAAAGCUGGGCAGAGGAAGUGAAGCUGGCCCAAAGAAAGUGAAGUUGCUGAUUAACAGUAGUAAAAGGAUGACUCAGAAAUGAAAGUGUGAUGUAGACUGGCUCCUCCUCUUGUGGUCCCGCUUCUAGGAGAUAAAAGAAUCAUCUAUUACUAAAGAGGAGGCCAGGGCAGCAGUGUCAGAUGUCUCUUGGCACAAGAUGUAAAGAAUGUGUUAGUACAGCUACAGGAAAGCUUCUCUGAUACAGUGAACAUCCCAGGGAGUGCAACAGAAUGGGUGAGGAGAAAAUUAUAUGGAGGGGAGACGGUUAGGAAGCUCAUUGGAUAGAGCACCAACCUUGGAGACAGGAGAUCCUGGGUUCAAAUCUGGUCUCCAACACUUCCUAGCUAGGUGGCAAGUCACUUAACUCCAACUGCCUAGCCUCUACCUCUCUUCUGCCUUGAAACUAAUACACAGUAUUGAUUCUAAGACAGAAGGUAAGAAAUGUAUUUUUUUAAUAAUAUGGAAGGGGGCAGUGAUUCAGUGGAUUGAGAGCCAGGUCUAGAGAUGGGAGGACGUGGGUUCAAACAUAGCUUCAGACAUUUCCUAACUGUGUGACCCUGAGCAAGUCACUUAAUACUCAUUGCCUAGCUCUUUUGCCUUGGAACCAAAACAUAGUAUGGAUUCUAAGAUGAAAGGUAAGGUUUAAAAAAUGGAAAAUGAAAAUAAAAAUAAUACAGAGAAGUUUAAGGUAGAUAGAGAUGAGAGUAUGGGGAGAGGUGUUUCAACUCAGAAGAUGUGGAAUUGGAAGUAUGGUGAUAAAGAGGCGUGGGAGCUGGUCAUUUGUCUAUUUAGGAUGAGGAGUUAGUAGCUGAUAGGAGUCAUUGUGCCCUUGAUUGAUAGUGAGGUGGUGCAGCAAAUAGAGUGCCAAGCCUAGAGUCAGGAAACCUCAUCUCCAAAUGUUCAAAACAUGGCCGUAGACAUUUACUAGCUGUGUGAUCCUGAGCAAGUCACUUAACUCUAUUUGCCUUGGUUUCCUUAUUGUAAAAUGAGCCAGAGAAAGAAAAGGCAAACCAUUCCAGUAUCUUUGCCAAGAAAACUCCAAAUGGAGUCACAAAGAGUCAGAUGACAGCUGAAACAACUGAACAAAACCAAUUGUGCCCUCCGGGGUCAUGUGGAAACUAAGCAGUUGGUGUGGGUCCUCGCUGCCUCACACUCUCCAAGUUCUGAGACAUGCCAAAGAUAAGAGUAAGCAGGUGCUUGGGUCUCUGGCUGGCAGGACUGAACUCUCACUCUCCACCUAUCCCAGAGCUUCAUUCCAAGAUGGCGACACAUGAGACAAGCCCCAGAGAUGAUCCUAUACCUGCCAGAAGCACUUGCCUGGAAGCAAAAUCUAGACCUCAAGUAUCCUGAGACCUGAGAUCUAAGAUGGCUUAGAGUCUGUCUUGGAGCAGGUGGGCUACUGCUGUGAAUGCCCAGAGACUCAAAUAUUCCUAGAGUACUUCAUUUUCCUCUUUUUUUUUGUAU